ACAUACAAAUAAAAUAUUUCUUAUUCAUACAUUGAUUAAAUGAUAUCUACACAUUUUGCCGGCAACACACUAAAACAAUUGAUCAUAAUCAAAAUAUUAUAGUAAACUUAAAAAGCACAUGCGUAAUAAUAAUAAAUAAGCUCUCAAUACUUUCUUUUCUCCUUGAGACUUAUUUUGACAAUACUACGUAUGAUACUCGUAUCAUUAUUCAAUCAUUACCGCUAUUAAGUCACAAUAAACCAAUAAUAAUCAGCUUAUCUCUGAAGCUUAGAGCUUAUGUGCGAACUUAUAUAUUUGAUAUUGAUAUAAUAAUUAUUCUAUUGUCACAUUUGUCAUAAUAAACCAAAACUAUUUAGUAUUAUAAAAUACUAAGUUAUAAAAAAGCUCUUCGCUCAAAAUAAUGCAAAAGAAGGUAAAAUAAUGAUUAGUUAGACCUUCGAAUGCUUAGUAGUAGAAGAUUAAGGCAAGAAGACUCACAACUUCAUAUUCGCUAGUAAAUUAUGCCUCAAGUUGAAGACGGUAGACCGAGGACCGAUUCAUUCAGUUUGGACGUGGUUCUAGUUCGUAUUGGACAAUUCGGAAAAUUACAAAUAUUAAUUUAUAUCUUGAUAUGUAUUCCGAUUCUGUUAAAUUCCUUCCAAGCUGUUUCGUAUAUUUUUGUUGCGAGUACAGUUGUCCAUAGAUGUCAAAUUCCGGAAUGUGAUAAGCCCAAUAGUACAUACCAAGAGUCUUGGAUUGAUUUCGCGAUUCCGAAAAAACUCAAUGGUGAUUUGGACAAUUGUCGGCGAUAUGUGUCUGUUAACAAAAACCUUGACCCUUGCUCUGCGGAUGCUUUUCAUCAGAGCCCGAUAGAGGAAUGUGGCACGGACCUCAUAUUUCGGGACAAGGAAGUGACCAUUUCCAAUGAUUUUGACAUAUUUUGCUCGGAUGAAUGGAAACUAGCAAUGGUUGGUACGAUCAACAAUGUGGGGAUGUUUAUUGGGAUACCCCUUGGUGGAUAUUUUGCUGACAGAUAUGGACGUAAAAAUAUUUUGGCAAUCUUUGGGUUUCUAAGUGCUGUCACGGGAGUAGCUCAAUGCUUUACAACGGACUUUUUUACCUUCAUGUUCUUUGGACUGCUCACUAAUCUAUUCGGUUCUUCGAUCUAUUCGAUAGUCUUCGUUCUUGGACUGGAAAUGGUUAGCCCGAAGCUUCAACUGAUAGGCUGUACUAUUAUGACUAUAGUCUAUGCCAUAGGACAAACAGUAUUUGGUCUUGUUGCCAAAUACUUCCUCAAUUGGCGUCUCAUACAAAUGAUCUUCUUUAUUCCAGCAUUAUUUCAAAUUUUCUUCCUCUUCAUUAUUCCCGAAAGUGCCCGAUGGCUUUUGUCCCAAGGCGAAGAAGAUAGAGCCGUUAAGGUUGUUCAAAAACUAGCUAAAUCCAAUAAUCGCAAGCUAUCGCAACCGACAUUGGACAAACUUGUUCUAACUUAUCGCUAUAAAUUGGAAGAAUCGAAUGAGGGAAAAUUUCCAAUCAAGGAAACUUUCCAGAUUUUAUUUUGGCGAAUUGUCAAUUGCUGUCUUUGUUGGUUCACAAAUGUCCUGCUCUACUAUGGACUGAAUGUGAAUAUGGUCCUUCUGGGAGGAAAUAAAUACGAUAACUUUAUGUUGGUGUCAUUGAUUGAAAUUCCUGGAAUUUUGCUGCCAUUUUGGACAAUGAAUCGUUUUGGAAGACGGUAUUCCCUCUUUGGAUUUAUGAUUUUAAGUGGAAUUUGUAUUGCAGCGACAGUUUUUGUUCGGUCAGAGCUUUUUUAUGUUCAAGUGGCACUGCUUCUGCUUGGAAAGAUGUCAGUUGGUGCUUCCUUUCAAGUAUUGUAUUUCUUCACUUCGGAAAUAUUUCCAACAAAUGUUCGAAAUAGUCUUCUAUCGUUCUGUUCAAUGGUUGGACGUUUGGGAUCGAUGGUUGCUCCUCAAACACCAGUUAUGGCUAAAUACCAUGAAUCAGCACCUGCAAUACUUUUUUCUGCAUGUGCUCUCCUAUCGGGAUUCUUGGCCUUCUUAUUUCCUGAAACAAAUGAUACAGUACUCCCGUCAACCUUGAAGGAAGCUGAAAAGAUUGGUCAAAAGAAGGAACUGGAAGCUGACGCUGAAAUCCAACUAUUAAAGACAAUUUCUUGAGAAUUUACACAAAUAAAACAAAAUCAAGAAAUUGUUAGUUUUAAGCUUUAUAUUUAAUAAAUUACAAGUACAAGUAA